AUGGCGUUUAACUGUAUCAUAUCUGUGUGUUUCUUUCUUCUCUUUGCCGCCCUGUGGAUUUUCCAAAAGCUGCCACGACGGAAGAGGGCUUUCGCAUCCCUUCCUCCUGGGCCGAAAGGCUUGCCCUUCAUUGGAAAUGUUCUGGACAUGCCGUCUGAAAAAGAAUGGCAAACAUUUGCGCGUUGGGGUGACAUUUGUUCUGUCACGGUUCUCGGCCAACCUCUCAUUAUUCUUAACUCCGCGAAGGCUGUUAUUGAUAUCCUGGAGAAGAAAAGUGCGAUUUACUCUGACCGACCCACUCUUCAGAUGGGUGGGGAACUUGUCGGAUGGAAAAAUACACUAGUGCUUCUACAGUACGGCGACCGCUUUCGACGAUAUCGUCGCCUUUUCCAUAAGUUGAUCGGAAGCCAAGCGGCGAUGAAGGCUUUCCUUCCCAUCGAGGAGUUGGAGGCGCGUCGGUUCUUGCGCAGAGUUCUGAUGAAGCCGGAAGACUUGGCUGUCCAUGUUCGCAAAACCGUCGGUGCUGUUGUUCUUAAAAUAUCUCAUGGAUAUGACGUGAAGGAACACAACGAUCCUUUUGUUGAAUUGGCAGACAGAGCGACAGAGCAAUUCUCCAUCGCGACCGCCCCUGGUGGCUUCCUGGUUGACUUGAUUCCUGCUUUGCGCUACAUUCCGAUGUGGUUUCCGGGAGCUGGCUUCCGCAGAAAGGCAUCAGUCUGGGCUGCUACACUCUUUGAAAUGGUGGAGCAGCCGCACGAUUUUGUGAAGAAGCAGAUGGCCGCUGGCACGGCUACCCAUUCCUUCUCCUCCGCGUUACUAGAAGGUCAGAAACUCACAGCCGAUGAGGAAUUCGAUCUUAAAUGGAGCGCAGCAAGUCUAUACUCAGGCGCUGCAGAUACGACGGUUUCGGCAAUUUAUUCUUUUUUCCUUGCUCUCGCUCUCUAUCCCGCUGUUGCAGAGAAGGCGCAGGAAGAAAUCGAUGCCGUUGUCGGAAGCGAUAGACUUCCUACGUUUGCAGAUCGGGAGAAUCUACCAUACGUCGAUGCUCUCACGAAAGAAGUUUUCAGGUGGAAUGCCGUGGUCCCAACUGCUGUACCUCACCGGGCAAUGGAAGACGACAUUCACGACGGCUUUUUCAUUCCUAAGGGAUCUUUAAUCAUUCCGAACAUCUGGAAACUUACCCAUGACCCGAGAGUAUACCACAACCCAAUGGAGUUCAACCCAGACCGUUUUAUGUCCACGGAGGGUUCGCCUCCCGAAACUGAUCCUCGAAAUUUCUCGUUUGGCUUCGGUCGACGGGCCUGUCCUGGUUAUCACCUCGCUGAUGCUUCUGUAUAUAUUGCUUGCGUAACAUCUUUGGCCGUAUUUAAUAUAGCGAAGGCCGUUGAAGAUGGUGUAGUGAUUGAACCUCUUCACGAGAACACUUCAGGAACUAUCAGUCAUCCCAAGCCAUUUAAAUGCUCAAUCACGCCACGCUCGGAGAAGGCUAUAUCCUUGAUCCAAUCGGAGGAGCCCAUGUAACUUGAAUUUUUCGUGUCGUUUCUUGCCGGUUAGUUCAUUAUUAUUGUCAAACGCUAUAAAUAUUUGAAGUGAGUCAACGCAACAAGCCAGCAGACAUGAUGUU